CUGUUUUAUUAUGGGUUACAUUAUGACUUACUGCACAUAACUUACUGAUGCUGUCCGUCAACAUCCCGUAAAAUUAACGCCUGGUUUGUGAUAUGGCUUUUAUGUGAUCCUUUUCAAAAUUAUCAAUAUUCAACAAAGUUGGUAAAAUCAUUCAAGGAUUAUGGAAACUUCUUUGUUAAUAGAAGAUCCUCUUGCUGAAGAUCUUGAGCGUAAAAAGCAAGAAUUACACACAGCACAUCGUCAGAUAGAAAAUUUAUCGGCAAAUGUUCGCCAUCUUGAAGAUGAAUGCAAUGACCUGCGAUCAGAACUGGAAGAACAGCGACGAAAACUGAGAGGUUCUUUAAGUGAAGACAAGAUGAAGAGUGAUUUGAUGUACAGACAGCAAAUAGAAGAUAUGCAGCAGUGUCUUGAGGAAACACAAGCAUCAGAGAAAAAAGCCAAAGAAGAUGUUAUCUAUCUGGAGAAAAGACUGAAGCAUCUUCUAGAGACAGCUGUGUCAGUAGAUACCUCAGCCAGAGAUAAUGAUGAUGAGAAAAUUACUUCCCUUCAAAUUAGAAUAUCUGAACUUGAGGAUGAAAAGGAAUUACUUAAAUCUCGGCUAAUAGAAGCUGCUGUAGAACUUCAGAAGAUCAAUGAAGAAAAUUUACAGUUGAAACAAGAUUUAAAAGAAAAAGAUGAAGAAAUAGAAUGCAUGGAAAUGCAAUACACUUCACAAUGUAAUAUGUAUGAGAGAUUGCGUGAGGAAAAUUUGGAGCUGCGGGCACAGCUGGAGUCAGAAGCAGGGCAGGUGGAUACAGGGAAGAAAGGAAACUCUCUUUUUUCAGAGGUUGAUGAUCGGAGAGUUGUUGCUGAGAAAAAAAUAGUGAAGCUAGAGACCAGCAUUGGCCAGCUAGAAGAGCAACUCACUAAAGAACAGAAGGAAAACAAAAGGUUAAAGCAACAAAUUUUAUUGCUAAGACAAACCGCUGGCAAAGGAUAUGAUAAAGAAAAAGUUGAAGCUUUAAAACGUGAAGUGGAGGCUAAAAUGAAAACAAACAUUCAGCUGACUGAGGCACUGUACAAGAAAGAGACUUCUCUCAAGACUACAGUUGUGCAAGACAUUCCAAUGCCUAACCUGGAAGAAGGCAGUGAUAAAGACAGGCUGUACAUCAACUUCCUGCAGGGUAUCAUCAAGCAAACAAAGAAACAGCUGGAGGAAGCACAGAGUGAAUGUAAACAAAACCACCUCCAGCUGAUGAGGACAGAACUUCAUCUGAGUGAAGCCAAGAAUGAGAUCAUGACACUGAAACAUGAGAGAGACCAGUUCAGGGUGAUGACCUCCCACCUCAACAUGACCAUACAAGAGAUGCAGCACAAGUAUGAGCCAGAACGCUUUGCUCCACCUUCAAAAGAAAAGGUUAAGAUCUCCCUCUCAGAGUCCCAUCAAGCCAAUCAAGGAGGGGCUCACUCCUCCACACAAAACCUCAUGACCCCACUUGACCCAAGUACACUGUUUGACCCACCUAGUAACACCAAAGAAAACAUGCCAGUUAGGGUCAAUGACCUGUUUGGGGGGAAUAAAAGCAAGUCAGUGAGGAUGAAGAAUGAAGUCAGUGUCCUAUCAUCCCAGGGUGACCAGACAGUUAAAACUUUGAAACCUGACGGGAAAGGUAACAUUCUCAAGGCACAGAAUGGAACUGGGAAGUAUCGUAAUGUUACUUACAGCGAAGUGACAGAAAACGCAGCUGAAUGCAAACAACAGUAAAUUUAUUGUCAUCUUAAUCUGUGAAUUCUGUUAUAUUUUGUGUAUAGAUUUAAUUUUAUACACAAACACUGAAAAUUGGAAUCUAUGGAGAAAAAAAUUAAUACUUUUACAUCUGAAGAUUUACAACUGGAUUCCGAGUUAGGAUUGGGGUGGUGAUUUUUUAAUUCUCACCCCACCAAGUUAUGUGUUCAAUCUGUUGGUCCUUAGAUGAUCCUGUUCACCACUACCACUAACCCAUCAAGGUUCAACACCAGAUGGUAGAUAAAGGUAGAUUUACAAGGACCUUGAACCCUUCACUUAAAUUAUAAGUUUAUUGGACUAACAGGGAACUUAGUUUUGGGAUAUUACCACACCUUUCUCAUUUUGACAGAUUCCUUAGUACAGUUCUAACAACCUUCUAGAAAUAAAACAAUCAGAGGCUCUUAUUCCUCAUAACAC